CCUACGAAUAGAGCCCUGAAAUCAUUUUAUUUUGACAAACUUUAUUAGUACAUAUACAUUAAAGUAAUUACAAAUUACAAAAUUUAAAAUUUACGGUGAAAAUAUGUAGCAAAUGAUACACCUUGCCAUAUAGGGUGUAAAAUAGUGACAGAAUACGCAGAUGGUAUGUGAAGUAAAAGAGUCUCCUUAUCGAUUUAAAGACGGCUACAGGAUAGUACCUCCAUAUGAAUACCUUUACAAAUCAUUUGUAAAGGAAAGAUGGAUGGGCAAAAGCGUACACAAAGUAUUGCUCAGCGAGUUUGCAGCUCUUUCUGAGGACUAUAUACAACACGCCUGCAAGAAUGGGAAAUUUAAAUUGUAUAGUAAGAAUGGAGAAGAAUUAUGUAAGGACUCCAGCGUGCUGGAUCACAUUCUCAAACCAAAUGAAAAGUUGUGUCACUAUGCAGUAGUUCAUGAGCAGUUGGCUCUAGACAAACCUGUACGGUUAAUUAAAAAUUUGGAGGAUUAUAUUGUGGUUUCCAAACCAACUAGUGUACCUGUCUAUCACACCGGUACGUAUCACUACAACACACUAGUAGAAAUAAUGAAGUAUGAGCUUCCAGAAUGUGAAAAUUUGAGGCUUUAUCCAAUCCAUCGCAUUGAUAAAUUAGUUUCUGGAGUCGUUGUUUUUGCAAAAAGUAGCAAUGCAGCUUCCAAGUUUUCGCAAGCUAUUAAGGAGCUACUGGUAAAAAAGGUCUAUGUCGCUCGAGUUUGCGGUGACUUUAGAAAUAUAAAUUCCAAUUUGGUGACUUUGAAAGAUGAUUAUAUCAUCAGCCACGGUUUCAUGUAUGCGCUUUCAAAGAGAGAUGGUAAACAUGAAUUUACUAUGGAGUGUAUAAAUAGUAAAUGCAAGCCCGUAGAAACUAGAUUUAAAUUUCUCUCAUACAAUUCAGAUUUAGAUGAAUCGCUAAUUCUCUGUUAUCCAGUAACUGGUCGAACACAUCAAAUAAGAGCACACCUCAAACAUCUGGGUUAUUCAAUCUCUAAUGACCAGUGCUACAACAAUGGAAGGAUAGUAGAUAGUGAAGAAUAUUUCAAGAGCAUUCCGGAUGUUCGUUGGGAAUCGGAUUCUGAGGGCAAUUGGUGCAUUCCGGAGUUAUCUUUCACUACUACAGUUCCAUCCGUAGACACUGCUCAAUGUGGUGGAAUUCCUUUCGUGGAUCUAACCACAACUCAAGAUGAUGGAGGUUUUCACGUUGGUCUAAAUCGUGAGGGUAACACUAGUAGGAAGAAUCCAACUGGGAUAUUCCUACACUCCUUUAGGUACAUGUGGAAGGACAAGUUCAAUGUGUACGAUCAGUUCCCUUCAUGGACCAAGGAAUUUGACGUUAGUUGCGAUAUAACUUCAAUCAAUUUAUGGGAUGAUUACCUGUAUGUGCUAGUUCCAUCACUAUACGUAAAAAUAUGCUUAACUUACCAUGUAAAUUAA